AUGACGCUGAUAGCGUAUCCAGUAAAACACACGGCUUGGAAAACAGCACUGCUAAUCAGUAUUGGUAUAAUUUUUGGGACCCCAUUCUUUAUCACUUACAACCUGCUUAUAAAGGAAAGCCACUUUGUGGAGGAUGACACCGUACAUUGCCUUUUCUUGAAAUAUGAAGCUGAUUUACAUCCCCUCCAGACAGCAACAUUAGUCUUCAUGUGCUCGGCAAUAGCACUAUCAUCCGCCGCCAACAUCGGCUCCGUGCUUCUUCUUUUCUUACGCGCUGGAGGACAUCAUCGCAAUAGAGCAGAACUAAGCAUGUUCAUUUUGGCACUUUUGGACUUUUUCAUUGAAGCGCUUUUUGUUAGUCUAUAUUUUACAACAAUGCUGCCAGCAUUGCACUUGUGAUCAAGCUGAUUCCGCCCGCUUCUGACCUUCUUAUAUUUUCGAAUGCUUACCUGCUGAUCAUACUGAACAAGCGAAUCCGGCAGUAUGUCCUCCUUCUGUUUAAAUGUCAAGGAUAGUUAAUUGACGCUCAAAAUAUAGUGAAUUGGUUCUGAUGUCAUGUAGAGAACUAUACGUUAUCCGUUAAAGCAUAGUCAUAAAUGCUGAAAGU